CCGACAGAACAGCUGGCAGAUCGGACAAGUGUUUGCUUCAGAGCUCAACUCAAUAUCAGUCGUAUUUAUAGGACACAGUGAAGGAGAGUCUGAGGAGUUAAAGCGUGUUUCUUAGAUGUGGAAAAUGAAAAGCAGUUUGAUCUUGUUGUGUUCAGUUUGCGUUUGGUUUCCUGUUCAAGCAACAUUUCGACCGUCCGAUACGUGUAACUGUUAUGGUAAAGCACAGUACUGUAAAGCAGAUCAUCUGGGACUGCACUGUAUAAACUGCCAGGGCGACACAGAAGGGCGACAAUGUGAAAACUGCAAAGAAGGUUACUACCACCAGAGGGCAGAAGACGAUUGUGCGCCCUGUGACUGCAACACUGUUGGUUCUCAAGGACCCGCCUGCAACAAUGAGGGCCGGUGUGCGUGUAAACCGGGAAUUCACGGUGACAGAUGUGACCGCUGUCAUGAUGGGUCUCCAGUCACCGUUAAUGGAUGUGAGCCUUUGAGAUUGAGCUGUCGGUCACGUUAUAACGGUCAACUCACGUAUAACAGAGAGGAAUGUCUGCCCUGUUUUUGUUACGGACAUUCAGACGUGUGCACCUCUGCGCAGGGAUACUCCGUUCAUAAUAUCACCUCAACUUUUGAACACGGACCUGAGGGAUGGCGGGCGGCUACUGAUAAAGGUGUGACCCCCUCAGAAGUGCGAUUCAGGUGGUCUCCCACUCACAAAGAUCUCGAGGUCAUCUCCAAAGAUAUCCUUCCGAUUUAUCUGUUCGCACCAGGAACUUACCUGGGGAAUCGGGCACUGAGUUAUGGUCAGACACUGAUCUUCUCUCUGCGUUUGGACAGAGGCGUCCGUCGUCCCUCCACCUAUGAUGUUAUAGUAGAAGGAGCAGGUCUCAGGGUGUCCGCUUCACUCGGGAACAUGAGAUCUGUGGUGCCGUGUGGCAAAAAACUCACUUUCACAUUCACAUUGGAUGAACAACCCGGCAGCAAAUGGACACCGCAACUUUCUUCUCUAGAAUUUCAAACACUCUUAAGCAAUCUCACAGCCAUUAAAAUCAGAGGGACAUUUGGUGAAAAUGGACGUGGUUAUCUGGAUGAUGUCACUCUAGUGUCGGCUAAACUGGGUCCUGGCGCCCCUGCAGUCUGGGUGGAGAAGUGCAGCUGUUCCGCCGCUUAUGAGGGACUGUUUUGCGAGCGCUGUGCCACGGGCUACAGAAGGCGUUUCCCCGGUCAAGGCCCUCGAAGCCCCUGUGACCCCUGCUCGUGUCAGGGUGGAACUUGUGAUCCAGAAACAGGAGGUUGUUACUCGGCCGAUGAGAUACCAAAUCUGCAGAUGUGCCCCAAAGGUUAUUAUAUCAACCGACGACAGUCCAAUACCUGUCUGAGAUGCCCCUGUCCCGAGGGCGAGGCUUGCUUUGUCAUUCCAGGAACAGAGGAAGUGAUAUGUGCCCGGUGUCCUCAUGGAACAACAGGUUCUCGUUGUGAAAUCUGUGCCGGAGGGUUUUAUGGAGAUCCUUUGGGAGAGUACGGCCAACCCAGACCGUGCCAACCCUGCCAGUGUUCCAACCGAUUGGACGAGACCAUUGAAGACAACUGUGACCCGCUGACAGGGGAGUGUCGGAGGUGCCCGAAUCAUAGCACAGGCCCCAGGUGUGAGAACUGCGUAGAGGGGUACUUCCACCGUUACCCCACAGAGCCAUGCCAGGCCUGUGACUGCAACCGCAAGGGCUCUGUAUCAGAUUCCUGCAAUGGUAAUGGCCAGUGCAAGUGUAGGGAUGGUUAUGAGGGACUGAAGUGUGAGAAAUCAACAUGUCCAUCCUGCUUCAAUCCAGUCAAGAGCCAGAUAUUAUCGUAUGCACGACAGCUGCAGGAUAUGGAGAAUGUAUUUAAUACAAUUGGAGGUGAUAAUAAUGUUCCAGUCAAAGAUGCUGAGAUAGAUCGAGCCGUCAAGGCCGCAGAGGUGAUGCUGCAGUCCCUGCAGACCAGAGCAAAUGAACUCACAGAUUCAGAGAAACUGCUUCAGGACAAGCUGGUCAGCAUCAGCCGGAAUCAGCUGAGAGAGGAGAGAAACAUGGAUGCUGUGUUGAAGACAGUGAAUGGCGUCAGAACCAGAGAUCAACAGUACAAGACUGAAGUUUCUGAAAUCCAGAAGCUCAUAAGUGACAUCCGACUAAAUCUGCAACAGGCCAAACGUGACGUUCAGCAGAUUGAGUUGCCAUCAGGUGAUGCGGAGGAGGGCUCUACCACCUUGUCUUAUUUGGUUCAGAGAGCUGCUGAUCUUGCUGAACAGCACCAGGGUGAGGGAGUGACGAUAGAGAACAUAGCCAGGAAUGCUCUGUCAACGUCUGACAAGGCCUUAAACCUCCUACGAACCACCAUGGACUCAGAAAAUAAAGUCAAAGAUGAGCUCAAGGAACUUAAAAAACAGUAUGAAGCAGAUGUAACUAAAGUGAGUGACAUGGAGAGAAAAGCCAUUCAAGUGACUGGAGACGCUGAAAAGGAGAGCAAACUAGCUCAGGGCGCGCUUAUACAAAUAUCUGACGUGGAGAAAGGCCUGCCAAAGCCUCUGAAGAAUGAGAUUGCUGGUGUGAUUGGUCGCUAUGAUGGGCUGAAGGUAGCCGUGGAGGGGAGUAUAAAACAAUACCAGGACUUACAGAAGAAUAUGCUCGCUGGACAGAAAGAGGCAGCUGAUCUACUCGAUAAUGCCAAGACUUUACAAAAGGUUCAAGAUGAGCUUUUGGCAAGGGCAAAUGAAGCUGAUGCCAUUAAAAAUAAAUCUUUGGAAAUCUUUACAAACAACAAGGACAGUCUUGAUAAUACACUGGAGAAGCUCAAAGGAUUUGAUGACCAGAUCAAUAACAAUAAGAACCUGGCAGAUGAAGCCAUCAAAAAACUGCCUGGCAUUGAAGCCACCAUUCAAAAAGCAACCGCUGAUAACACCAAGACUCAGGACAUUCUGGAUGCCAUGGCCGUUCCCUACAAAGAAGCUCAAGAUAUGAUUGACGCUCUUAAAAGCAAUGCAGCCCAACUUGAGGGAUUAUCCGGCUCUCUUCCACCCGCUGCUGAUAUUCUGAACACUGCCAAUAAACUGAAGGGGGACUUGGAUGGACUGAACAUAGCGACAUCUUUAACUAAAGACAGACUGAAUAAAGAGAAGAGCGAUGUGAAGACACAAAUAAAUCAAGCUAAGGAAGCUGUCAUAGAUGCCACUGGGGCACUUGAUCACGCAAAGAAUGCAAGGAAUGGUGUUAGUGAUACUUUAAAGACAAUCAAUGAUAUCAUGGGAUCGCUGGGAUCUCCUGGUGUAGUUGAUGAGACUCGAGUGACUGAGCUGGAGAGCGCCGUGGCUGAAUACCGCAGUCGUGUGGAGAAGGAACUGAGGCCCAGACUCAGAGAGCUGGAGGAGAAAGAAGCCCAGCAGAGAGCCUCCAUGACAGGCAUGAUCAAUGACAUUGACGUUAUCCUCACCGACAUUGCCAACUUGGAGCACAUCCGCAGAAGCAUUCCUGACGGCUGUUAUAAUUUACCACCUCUUGAAAGGCCUUAAAGAUUUUGAACUACUGCAUGGGCCACAAUGUUACGAUAACACUGUACUUGAAUAGUAUGGAGUAUUUUUUGCCAUUACAGUUUUUGUAUUGAUAAUUGAGAGGUUUUUAUUAGUAUUUAUUGCUUUACAUCUUAUGAGUGUUUUUUGAUUCAAACGUAAUUACUGUGAAGUUUGGAAUGAUGUAGAUUAAUAUUUGUUACUUGUUCGCCAAAGAUAAAUUAAAGCUGCAAUCUGUAACUUUUCUCUCUGUCGCCAUCUUUGUUUGUAGAUUAACACUGCAGGUUACUGUACAAACUUUGUACAUAAAAAAAUCUAAUUAUGAGUUAUUAUUAUAAGCUUGUGAAUCUGAGUAAAUUAAGAAGACCUUUUUAAAUAUUGUUUAUAACUAAAUAGCAAAAUAUUGACUGUUGAAAGUUACAGAUUGCAGCAUUAACACAAUAUUACAUUAGUAUUUGGCUGUUUAAGAAGUUAAAAUGUAACAUCCAUUUACUUUGGAAAUCUAUUGUUAAAUAAUGUUUUAAAAGUCAAAGAAAUGCACGACUAACAAUUUCGAUUCAUUGUUGUUUUGUUUUAUUAAAUUCAGUUCAUAAGUUGUUGUCAUGGCAGCAUAUUACUCAGUGUGUUUUGUAGCAACUAUUAAGUAAAAAUAUAGUCAUAUAUUAAUAUAUCACAUUAUGCAUACACACAUGCUUAUACACUAUAGACGAAUACUUAGAAAAUAACUAUUAUUUAAAGACCUAAAAUUGAGCAUCUUCAAAACUGAAACCUACCAUCUUAAUACACGAUGCUUUCUAUGUAUAGAUGUCAAAAUAGUAUGAUUUUCUAUUUAAAAACAAGAGAGCAAUACAAAUACAAGAGAAAACAGAAAAAUUAUUAUUAUUAUUUGAUGCUAUAAUUCGGAAUGGAGACAUGAAGAUCGCAAGAAAACAGUGGUAAGUGUGAAGUUGCAGAAUGAAAUCAUGAAAAAUGCUUCAUUAUUAGUGGAACAUUUCCCAGAAUAAUCUUCUAAUGAAUUUACUUUAAAGUUAAUAGUUAGCGGUGCAAAAUGUUCAAGCGAUUCCUAAUACAUCAGUUGCUAUGGUGACACUGACUGCUCAGUGAAAUGAAAUAACUCAUUAAUUUGAAAUUAAUUCGAAAAACAGUGUGUGUUUAACAAUUGUCUUUACUUGUUAAAGAAGUAUGAUCCAUUGGACAAAUAAAGUUAGGUUAUUCUUCAUGUAUUUAUUACAUUCAGUUUUCCAUUUCCUAUGCCAGUAUACACAACCAAGAGCAAAUGGUAAUAUUUUAUAUUACAUUUUAUAGCUUUAUAUUAAUCUCAGAGUGUCAAUGAAUAAGACUGUUAAAAUGAUCAGAAUGUCUAUGGGAUGCUUUCUGAAUCCCUUUUGUUCUUGUAGAAUAAAAUAACAGCACAAUAAUGUGAAACAAAACUACACUUUCCUUCCUUUGUAAAGGUUUGAAUACUGAUCUCCUUUUCAAUCUGUAAUCUUAUUUCCAGAUUAAACGUUCCAACAUUUCUCACCGCACUGCUGUAUUGCGCAUUCAAAAAGUUUGUAAAGGAAUUCUCCGAAGUGAAAAUAUUAGUGUCAGCAAAGGAACUACGUUUGUUUUGUAAGCCCCCAGAAACACAUCAA